AUGGAAUUGUUAUCGUUCACCAUUGUCUUUGGAAUACAUCCGAAUGACCUUCAUUCAACCCAAAAUUCAAUAUAUUCAUCACGAAAAUUAGAAUCAUCACCUUUAAAAACUCUAACAUCUGUACUAAAUGCGUUAUUGACAACUAUUACUAUUCUGGUCAUAAUAGGAACUAUCACUUCGGUAGCUAUUAUUAAAAUAAAAAAUAAACCAACAAAAUCAAAAUUUGAAGUUACAACGACAGUGAUGUCGACAACAACAACUAUGUUUGCCACUAAUAUUGAUUUUGAUUCAGCCACCCUACGUUUCCUAUUUACAAUGAUUAAUCAAUCGCCUAAUGUAUUUACUCUGAUCAAAAGUGAUCGAUGGUAUGGUCACUUAGAUGCUCCUGAUCAUAAUCUUGAAGCAGGUAAUGCAACGCAUAGCAAUAUACUUCAAAUUCGCGGUGUUAAAUCAACACAAUUUGGUACAGGCGUUACUUAUGCACUUUGCUUUUGUAUACAUAAUAAGAAUAACUAUCGAUUGAACAUUUACUUACAAGUUGCAUCUUUCUUUCAUAAUAAUUAUUUUGGAUGGACUUUACGUGAAGGAGAAAUAUGUGAUCAAGCAAAAACAUGGUGCGGCAAGGACAAAUUUAAUCGAAUAAAAGAAAAUUGUGCUGAUCCUGUAUUAAAUAAAGGAGGCACACUAAGUUUAACUGCAUCAUGUGAUAACAUGAAAAUCGAAAUGUUGACAGAUGAUCUUGGAUUAUCAACACCAAACAUGAUUAUUCAAACAGAAGACAUCAAUGAAGACUAA